CCUCAAAGUUGCUUCAGAAGUUAUGAAAAUAGACAUCGACCAGCUUUAUAAAGAUGCACAAGUUGCUAUAAAUCAGGUCAGAGAGAAAGCAAUGGAAAUAUCUGCCUUGGAAAGGCAGACGGAGAAGAAUGAAUUUGCCGUAUCACUGAGAACUGCCUCUGCGGUCCUCGUGUUUUACUGGGAUAAAUUUGUGGAAUACACUGAAAGCAGUCCAUUUCAUGACAAGUAUAUGGACUCCGUAAGGCGAUGGAGGGAGCUAAAGAUGUUGAGAAACAUAUCUAAAAAUUGUCACUCAGAGAUAGAACACCAGGCCUUGAAUUGGGCGGAUCAUCAUUUUGGCAAUCUUUUUAAGGAAUAUUACAGAUGGGGGGAUGGAAUUUUCGGCAAUGAGAGAUUCAAUCAAUCAAACUGGGCCUUUUUUAAGAUUGCCUCAGUUUACCAUCUCCCAGUUUACCAAAAACUGUGUGAUAGUGGUUUUGGAAUUUCAGAGGUCAAUAGUUUUCUAAAGACUGCUAAUGGUGUACUUACUGAGCUAGGAGGAGAAGACUUUGCGCACAAGUCGAGGGAAAUGAUUUAUGAACUAUGGACUGUUUUUGAAAAUGAAAUUAUCUCCCAAACCAAGAACCUCCAUGUGACAUCUGAUGUGGAAGAUAUAAAAAACCCACUGCAACAUUUACACACAAUUAAAGAAAUACUCUUUGACAUCUGGGAUCAAGUGCUUUCUGUGAUCAAUGGCAAUAUUAAGGAAGAUGAAGUCCAGCAAUCAUUAAGGCACUGGGAUGAAGUGAAGACCAUUUUCUUGAAAGUGUUAACUGACAGUGGAGAAAUAACUCAAGAUAACCUUGAUGAAGCACAUAAGACUCUGAAAAAUGUAGGACGCAUGGUUUUGGAGAAAUAUGUAAAAAUGAUCGAUGGUCUGGAUACAAGGAUCAGUGCCUCCAUUGAAUCUCUUGGAAAAGUAAUGCUGCAGACUUUUGCUGCCACAAAUAAUGCCCUGAUCAAUACUCUGCUGUUCUUGCUGUCGGAUUAAUUCUCCAAGCAAGAACAACCAGCAGGUGUUCUUAGGAGUUUUCUGUGGGGGAUAUAUCAGUAAUUCUUCUGGUUGUCCAAAUAUAUGUAGCUAGUGGAAUAUCUUUAACAUCCUCUUUUGUCUUUGCAUUAGUUCUCUGCCUGGCACAUCUUCUCAUUAUUUGAAGGCCUAAAUCAUUUUUCUGCGAGCUGACAUUUUGAGAUUA